AUGGAAACCCUGGCCUCGCUCUGGGCCUGUGACCCGGGUGACCCGGACGGGGGGCGACACGAGCCGUGGGCGGCGUGGGAGUUUCCGCCUGUCACCGCUCCUCCUCCUCCUCCUGCUCCGCCUCUGAUGUGGAUGGAGCAGCUCUCCCCUCACCUCCAGAGAAACAAACAGCUCCAGGAUACUCUGCUGCAGAGGGAGGAGGAGCUGGCUCGACUGCAGGAGGAGAACAACAAACUCCGCCACUUCCUCAGCUCCUCCUUCGUCAGGGACCUGGAGCAGAAAGCCAAGAAAGUCACUUCUGACAGGAGGAAGCUGAAGAGGAAGCUGACGGACCUCCAGGAAAGAUCCCUUAAAAACUGCCGCCCCCUGCAGGUCAGCAAAAGAGUCUGUAGGAACCUCACUGCCCAGUUCAACUGUAGCUCCUCUGAGUCGUCUGCCUCCUCUGAGCCAAACCUGGACCUGUGGGUCCUCCGGACCCUGGGUCUGAAGGACCGAGACACCAUCGACACAUCCAGCCAGUCCUCAGCCGAGAACAACCUCCGAGCUUUGGUUUACAACACCGUCACCCCCUCCCCCCUCAGCCCCCCCUUCAGCCCCCCCUUCAGCGCCCCCUUCAGCCCUCCGUCCAGGUCCAGGAAGUCCUCUGCCCACGGCGACGGCCGCCGAGUGACCGCUGAUCCUGCCAGACUCCAGGAGGCAAACUGCCAGACUGCUGCUCAGACUCCUCCAGGGCCGACCGCCACGGGACCGAGCGGACUCUGUGGAGGCGUCGGGACCUCACCUGCCCUCCACCUGGACCCCACUCAGGACUCGGUCCUCUUCGGUCCACCAGCAGAGAGACUUCCCUUCUCUCCGCGGUGGUCUUCUGCUUCGGUCCCGAACCAGCCGUGGACGCCGGAUAGUCUCUGUCUCCCAACGAGCCCGCUGGCCGCCACAUCCACGCCGCGAGGCCGGACAGAUGUGGCAUUCAGCAUGUUCCUCAGUCCGUCCAGCAGCGUGAAGACCCACAGCUUCCCCCAGGGACAGGCCUUCACCCGCAAGGAUGUGGACGGCCGCUGGAACUUCACCUGGGUGCCCAACCAGGGACUGUAG